UCAAAAUUGAUCAAGCCGUCGCUGCGUACUUCAGACCGCGAGCUCAGUGCACGCGGCACUUGGCGAUACUUGACAGCCCGCGCGCGCUUUCUCGCUUGCUCUCUUCUUCGCGCAGCUCCAACUCCAGCUGUUUGUCUAUCUACCUUCAGUCCGAGUGCGAGCGAUGUUCCCACCCCGGAAAAAAACACGGGGCGAUAAACGAGGAGGGACGCUGAAGGAGAGGAGGACGGACAGGGGAUGAGAAGACCAGCCAAAGAGGAGAGCCGCUGUCGCAGAGGAACAGGAGGAGGAGGAGAGAGGGAAGCAGACACAUCUGCGGCGACUUGGGGGAUUCGGCUUAGUGAGAGGGGGGAUACGCAACAUUCUUAUGAUGCCAGCAUUUCUAGCCCGGGUAAGCGGAAUAAAUAAUUUGCCGUGGGACUGCCAUAUUGUCAAUUUCUUUGCAUCUUAGUUAUUUUUUUAAAAAGCGCCUGCUUUAUAAAUAGACGCUUAAAAACCGGAUGCUAGGAAGAUUUUUGUAAUUCUCUGUAGAUAUCCACCAUAGAGAGCUUUUAUCACCUUUGGGAGCAAAGUGGAUUGACUGAAGGGGGAGAGGAGGACUGUUUUUAAAAGGAGAUACCGCCACCUUCUCCUCCUUACAUAAAUGUUUGCGUGCCAUUAGAGCGCUCCUGCUUUUCUCCACAACAGACACGCAUUUCACGCACACUGAAAAGACGUGGACAUUGUCAGUCACACAUGCGGUCCUAAUAACACGGACGGACCUCACCCCCUCUCACCUACCCAGCCCCUCUCCUCACCCCACUGUCUGAUGACUCCCCCGCGCACAGGUGGACGUGGUACGGAGCCUACUGUAGCAUCAUCUUCUUCAACAACACCACCAUCAUCACCAUCACCAACACCACCAUCCUCCUCCUCCUCAACACCACCAUGUCCUCGUCGUCGCGCAAGAUUUCAUCCGAGUCAUUUAGCAGCUCAGUGGGCUCGGACUGCGGGCUUGAAAGCCCCGGAGGAGACGGAGGGGAUGGCGCUUUGGAGCCGGCCGACGAGAGCCGGGGUUGCCCGUUUUCCUCCUUCCCAUCGUCCCACAGAGCGCUGCUCUGGAACGGCCGCAGCCCCGCUGAGAGGUCGGCGUGCCCGGCGGGCGAGGAGCAGCAGGGACCCUGUGUACCCCACAAGAGGGCUACCAGGCGGCGGAGGGUGAACCUGGACUCGCUGGGGGAGAGCCUGAAACGACUCACUUCACCGACGACACAGACUGUUCAAGAGGCUCUUCAACGAACUCUGCAGUUCUACAGACAACAAGAAAUGAGGUGCCAGGAUGUUGGGGGUAGUGAAAGGCAGCGUGAAAAGAAAGAGGAGAAGUGCCCAUUUCUUGAAAACUCUGGCUCAGAGGAAGAUGUCCUACAGAUUCUGCAGUACAUGGCCACAAUAUUGGGAGUUCCAUUCUGCGAACUGCGAGAGCAUUUUGGCGAAGAGUUCUUUGGCCUUUGCUUCGAAGAGAAUGAGCGAGUACUGCGGGCUGUAGGCGGCAACCUUCAGGAUUUCUUCAAUGGUUUUGACGCCAUUUUAGAACACAUUCGCACCUCCACGGGGCGCCGAGCCUCCUCCGAGAGCCCUUCCUUUCAGUGCAAGGAUCCCCGCGAAGAGGAGAAAGGUAGAGGGAAAUUGGAAAAACUUGGAAACCGUGGCAGCAGAGACGGAAGAGGGAAAGUGUUGUUUCUUCAUUGCUUUAACCCUGCACCUGUUGUGGGAUUAGUUAUGCCAGGUUUGAUUAGAGCUGUCGCCAGGCGGAUCUUUCAUUCAGAGGUUGAAGUGGAAGAGGUGCCACCUCUAACUCCUCUAUUGCCAAAUGAAGAACAUACAGAUUGUGAUUCUACAACACCCACUCCCACUGCGUCCCCCACUGCCUCGCCCUCCUCAUCUCCGUCCCCUCCAUCUCUUUUUCCAACCUCCGUCCCCACAGUUUGUCUAUCCUUCUUACUCCAAGAGACUUGCCCUUCUCCUCUCUCUUCCAUCCCAAAUUCAGCAUCUGUGAGCACUAACCGUCCCCCACUCCAGCUAUCAACUAACCCCAGUGAUCUUCGCAUCUCCCUGGCUACGUUUUGCCGUGCCUUCCCGUUUCACCUGGUCCUGGGGCAUCGGAUGGAACUCCUGCAGCUUGGAGAAGGACUUAGGAAACAGGCUCGUAUUGAGCCUCACCGGAUCCUUUCAUUUAGGGACUGUUUUGAGAUUGUCUCACCCAAGAUGGAUCCCUCUUUCCAGGGCAUACUGCUGAGACUCGCAUCCCCAUUUACUAUCCGCACUAAGCCCGAUCCCAUGCAGGCUGGCACCAAGGAGAAGGUUAUGGAGUUAAAAGGUCAGAUGAUCCAUGUCCCUGAGUCCUGCUCCUUGAUGUUUCUGGGCUCGCCGCGUGUUGAUAAGCUAGAGGAGCUGAUGGGCAGAGGUCUCCAUCUGUCAGACAUCCCCAUCCAUGAUGCCACACGAGACGUUAUCCUGGUAGGGGAGCAAGCCAAGGCCCAGGAUGGCCUAAAAAAGAGAAUGGACAAACUAAAGGCCACCUUAGAGAGGACACACCAGGCUCUGGAGGAAGAAAAACGAAGGACCGUGGAUCUCCUGUAUUCCAUAUUUCCGGGUGAUGUGGCGCAGAAGCUGUGGCAGGGCCACCAUGUGCCAGCGCGUAAAUUCGAUGAUGUCACCAUGCUGUUCUCGGACAUCGUGGGUUUUACAGCCGUGUGUGCCCACUGCACACCUAUGCAGGUUAUCUCAAUGUUGAACGAGCUUUACACGCGCUUCGACUACCAGUGUGGCAUUCUGGAUGUUUACAAGAUUGAGACAAUAGGUGAUGCCUACUGUGUGGCCGGUGGACUUCAUAAGAAGGUUGAAAGCCAUGCAAAACCAAUUGCACUCAUGGCUCUAAAAAUGAUAGAGCUUUCUGAGGAAGUACUAACGCCUGAUGGGAAGCCUAUCAAGUUAAGAAUAGGUAUCCACACAGGUUCGGUUCUGGCAGGCGUGGUUGGGGUUAAAAUGCCGCGAUAUUGCCUGUUUGGGAACAACGUCACUCUAGCCAGCAAGUUUGAAUCAGGAAGCCAUCCAAGGUGCAUCAAUGUUAGUCCAACAACCUACCAGUUGUUGAAAGAUGACCGCUCCUUUUCGUUCAUCCCCCGUUCUCGGCUGGAGCUCCCAGAGAAUUUUCCCAAAGAGAUCCCAGGGACGUGUUACUUCCUGGAGGCAGGGACUUCGCACAGCCACGCCUCACUUACCAGCUCUCGCUCGGCUCCUCCGGCCUCUAUGAGGAAGGUUUCCUACAGCAUUGGGACAAUGUUUCUAAGAGAAACCAGUUUGUAGAAUCAUACACAGAUGUUUAAAAUAUGAAAGAGAACAACUGUCCCCAUCUCUUCCCUGAGCAGUGGAGAUAUUCUUCAAAUGACUUAAGGGACAGCAGCUACAGUAGUCCUUUAUCUAUCCUCCAAGAGGUGGACUGAUAUAAGCAAAUUGUGGAAAAACCUUUGGACAAAAAUUCUGUUCUAGCUGGAUGUCUCGGCUGCAGAACUGGCUCUUUGCAGCGGUUCACAUUCAGACAACACCCAGACCCUUGUCCACAUUAAACAGAACUGAGCUAAAACUCACAGCGAUCACACUCAUGACCACUGUUGCCCUCAUUAGCCAUUUGCAAACAGAACAAAACCCCUUUUCAUUUAUAAGGUGGGUGCUGAAGAAUGAAUUUUGUAUGACUUGCUGUCCAUCAUGCCCUCAUGUGCGACAAAGACCUGUAAUGGAAAACGAUACAACUCUCCGUUUCCUUCAUGUUCAUCUGUCUGUAAGUCAUGUUAUGCUUUACUAAACGUAAGAGCUGCUCCUCCAAACUGUUGACAGGCGGCCAGCUGGCUGGGAUUUGUCAAGGAAACAACAAGAGGAUUUGCUUUGAAAAGGUAAACGUUGGAAGAUGAAUGCAAACUAGAGUCAUACUAAUCCAAACUUAUAGCCCUGAUUGUUUUGGAUCCUCAGCAAACUAUAGCAGACAAUGUUAUAAUAAUGGAGAUAAACAGAAUGCUAAUAACACAGAAAUGUAGAUGUCUCACAGCAACUACUCUUUAAUUUUUUUUUUUUUAUACCUGUGAUUAUUUGUUUUUAGUGUAUUACAUGCUUUAGUCUCUUUUUAAUAAGAUAAGCUGUUGUCAGCAUUUACCAGCUUGUGCUUACUUGCAUUCAACUAAUCAGCAUUUUUAGCUACAUGUAGCAUUGUCUGAAAAGCUUUGCUUUUAGGAUGGACCUUCCCAGAUUGGUCUGCAUCUUGUUUAGGUGACAUCAAUGCUAACAGGUAUUUGUGUGCAGGUAUGUCCCUUUUCAUGUCUGCAGGAAUAACAUUGUUGUGUGUUUUAGUUUGUAGAACUGACAGGAGGAAUCAGACACAGUUCACAGUUCCUCAGUCCAGAUAUGAAAGAACGUUGAAUCAAAGGUUUUACUGAACAUACAGCCAACUUAAAGAUGUACUUUUUUUUUCUAAUUGCAGUGUUUAUAAAAACUAAUGAAAAAAAUCCUGCAUAUGUUUUACCCUGUGGAAAUUUAACCAAGAUACAGAAGCCCAAAAUGAUUCAUGCCCCUCACAGAUUUAGACUUUUAAUUUUCAUGACCUCCUAGUCUUUCAAGUUGAAAGGUCACCUUGCCAUCGUUCUGGUCAUUCGCUCAUUAGCUCCCUUCAAUGAUUUAUUUAUUUUUUUCAUUAGAUUCAACUCUGGACAAUAGCGGGACCACACCAAAAUGUUAACACUACUGUGAGUCAGGAAAAGAAGUUGCUGGUAAUUCAAAAAUUACUUUGCACUUAAAUCUGUGGAGCUAUGAAUACAUUUUGGGAAUAACUGUAAAUAAAAUUCAAGUUGACUUGUUUGCUGGCAAACUGAGUUCAACUUGCUGAGUUAAUAACCCGGGCUGUGCUACACAAAUCCAAACAUGAUUAUUAAAAAUUGGUCAUCAUAAAGUGGAAAUAUUGGUUUUGGAUAGUUUGGCUUUAGAGUAUUUUACUGGAGACUUUACAGAUUUGUGUUGUGUUCUAAAUUAGCAUUUAUUUAAUUGCUAUUUUUCACGACCUGUGAAAUUCAGCCCAGAUGUUACAAAUUGAAAAGUUGGUUGAAGAGGAAGACCUUUUCAUUGUAAUCAGACUUACUCAAACAUUCCCAUCACAGCUGUUUUUAACACACUACUUGCCCAUAACAAGUUCAGAAAUGACAGUGGUUAAAUAGGUUUAAAUAAGGCAUUCCUCUGUGCUUGCUUACGUUGUAGUUUAAAAUAAACUUUGAGUUUUUUUCUCUGAAAGUCAUUUCUACAACCAUAAUCCUUCAUACAUGCUUUGAAAGAAAAAUAAACUUGCAAAAUUAUGUAGCAGGACUUAAAAUAACAAACUAAAUGUGCCAGUUUGUUUCAAAGAUGCCACCAGCACAGGUUAGACAUAAUUUCUAAGUAACAGCGUGGUUUCUGUGUGUCAUUCUGGAAGAUCGUUAGCUAAUUGUAGGAGCCUGAAACACAUGCCAUAUGAAAAAUCACUUACUGUAUGUUGGAUGCAAAAAAAUACCAAUGUUAAUAUGCUCCUUUUUCACAAGUAAUGUAAAGGAAAGUGACACCAGCUUUAAAAUGCAAUACUUUUUAUUGGAAGAGAAGAAAUAAUGAAUAACAAAAGUGUCUGCUUUUAACAUACCUGAGCGGUGAAUUAUGUCAUUGUCAGUGAUACAUACAUAACGUAAUAAAUAAAUAGAUGAAUACAGAUUUAUUAAAGAGAUGGUAAAAAAAAAUUAUACUAUUAAUAAAACUAAACAGAGAAUAGAGCAAGUGAGAGUAGAUUUAAAAAAUACAGACUUGUUCAUGUUUUCUAGUGUGAGAUUUACUUUUCAGUUUUGGGUCAAAGUCAUAGCAUCUCAUCAGUGGUUUAUCCGCAGUGGUCGGCUUAUUGUAUUCUAAUUCUUUUUCAUCAGAUGAGUUUGAAAAUACAGAUGUUAUCCAGGGAUCAACACAUUAACACAGCUUUGCGUAAGGAGGAUUUGGACUUUGAAGGGACAUUGUUGUGAGUAAAUGUGAUCAUGCAGCCAUUUUUUGUAAAACAUGGUGAAAUGGGAAAUUGUUAGCUUUAAAUCUAAAGACUUUCCAUGGAUUACAUUUAGAGCUGAAAACAUAUAUUUUCAUAUACUGUAUAAAAAUAUACAAUAUUUCUUUCUUCACUGUCUGGUAUAAAAUCUGACUAAACUUUUCCUGUAUUGCAUCAGUUACUGUUACUAAAAUUACUACUAUUUAAUAAUGCAAGAAUAGUGGGAGAGAGAAGUAAAUGUAACUUUUUAUGAAAGUUAUCAUAAACUAAAAUUGUUUCCAAAUUAAACAACUUGGAAAUCAUUGAUGAUAAUGGCAUGGCUUUAUGACAGAUAAUUUCAUAAACUUUUAAUUAAAUGAAGGCCACCUGUCGAUGUAGUUAUGGCUACAACUCAAAAACACUGCUUCCUUGUGCAACAUAAUGCAAAAAAUUGAAAGAAAUUGGCCGAGGUAUGGGGAAGAGAAUAACGAACCCUGGGCUGGUACCUUCUCGAGUGGACUUUUCAGAUUUCUGGAGGUGCCAUGUUUGUCUGCCCAAGCAAUUAUAUCCAACUUCAAACACCAUAAGGAUGUCUAAACUCACAAGCUUAAAAACAUAGUCCACUCUGUGAAGUAUGGGGAUGGCAGCAUCAUGUUGUUUCACAAAAUAGAUGACAUCAUGAUGUGUAAAUAUUAAAUCAAUGACUUUAGACAAGUCAUUGAUUUAAUCUCUUCCUAACAGAGCCUCUUUUUUGGAGAGUUCUCGAAAAUGACAGCCCCAAAAUGAAUUCCAUAUAUCUCAGGAACUACAAGGUUUAUUUGACUGGUUCAGGUAUCAAAAUAAAGGUAAUAUUCCAGAGGAUACUUUAGGUCCAAAAAUCAACAUUUGUUUUACUGAGAAAGAACAAAUACAUGUGACACACAGUAAAAAAAUAAAAAUAAUAAAUUCUAAUAAAAUACAUUACGUGAUGUGGAUUUUCCUUAAAAUGACCCAUUUGCUGCGAAUACUUCCGAAUAGACAAUGACUCUACUCACACAGCCAAAUUAAUUACUAAGUGGGUUGAGGACCAUCAAAACUCCUGAUCUCAGUCCCGUAAAACAUUCGUGGUGCAUUUGGGUCCAAGCAACUUGUCCUACAAAUCUGCCUCAGUUACACCAGUUCUGUCAGGAAAAAUGGGACAAAUUAAUCUGAGAAGCUUAUGAAAGGAGAACCAAAACCUUUUGACAUUUUACUAUGGAAAGAUAUGUUAACUUGAAUUUGAGGAAAGCUGAAAUAAAAACUCUAAAAAUCUCUCCUAUCAUUCUGGUAAGUAGUAAAUAGAGAUAAUUUUAGUAUUUUUAAAAUAUCUAAAAAAUAUAUAUUAUAUUUUUGAUUGAUUUUUUUUUCUCUCCACAGUAACUCUAAGACAUAUCAUCUAUCAUUCCUGUAUGUGCCAAAUGAUAAAGAAAUAAUGGUUUAACUUCAUAUUUGUCUACAUGAACUAUAUGAAGCAGAAAAUAAAUCUUGCUUUAAAUAAAUGCUACAGUAUUUAAAAAUGUUUUUCAUACCAAUUGUGUUAUCCAAACUUACUGUAAAAAAUCUUCUCAUAUCUAUUUUUAAAUUGCUUUGUAUUAUGAAAUUACACUUAAGAAACUGACAUAUUGGAGGAAAAAGUGAGCACAGAUGAAAAAAAAAAUCUAGACAUUAGUAAUGCCAGUAUUUGCAAGAAGACAAUUAACUCAAAACUAGUGCCAUUGUUCAGUAAGAAGAUCUAAUCUUAAGCAGUGAGUAUUUGUGUCUAGUGUGCAUUAAUUUUUCUUAGACAAGUUGCUGCUCAGCAUCAGGGCUGGUAGAUUGUUUUGUGUGAAGACAUUAGUCAAACUGAAAGAAAGUGAAAUGUUAUUAACAUGCUUCUGUUUGAUAGUGGCAAAGCAUAAAGCUGCUUUUGAACAACAAUGCACGCUCAAGGUAAUAACAGAGAAGCAGCACCUGCAGCACCCACGUGAAGCAAUAAUAAUAUGUAUGUAGGGAGACAAAUCAGUUUUCAGAUACAUAAGGGUGAAAUCUUAUAAGCAGUCCUAUGUACAUAUGUUAACAUACUAUGAGUUGAUAUUACAGGUUAGUAUUGCAUACAUGCAGUAUUAUAUAACAAAUACAACUCUUGUAGCCUUGUAUGUACUAAAGGUGUUGUUUUCACUGAGCUUCGGAGCUUAAACUCUGUUUCUGGGCUAAAUAAAGCGGAUUACGCUAGCAUCACACCCACACAACUUGUGUCCAAUUCUCCAGUUUCUUGUAUAAUAUCAGACAUUUAGGAAAUCUUGUGAUUCUAGCUGUUCUGACAAAGAGGUUUUGCAGGUGCUGUUUCUCUGCAGAGUCAUGGAUUAUUACACUGCAGUAAAUAUUCACACAAACCAUUACAGUCAAGUGUGAGAGGGCCUCAGUGUCCAGUAACAAAAAGCCAAAUCAAUAAGGAUUUUAUUUUACACCAUCAUUUUAUAAAGUCAAAUAACUUACAAUUCUGUUUGAGCCUUAUCAAAAUUAGUUCACAAAAAAAAAAAAAAAAAGAUCCAGUAACCUGUUUCAGUUGUUUUCCUUGCUUAGGUAGAUCAUUUAUGUCAGUGUUUGAACCAUCUACUAUUAAACUGACUGUCCCAAAUCACACAUAAGCAUCCUGCACCCUCAAGUGAUGUCUUUUCCUAUGACUAUGAUGAAUAAAAUAUUCUCUGUAUUUUCAUUUUCACUCCAUGUUAUAUUUCAAGCUGAUUUCUUUACUGAUGUACUGAUAAAAUGUCUUUUUUUCCCUGCUUUAUAUGCAUCAUUUUCAUUUAAAGUGAGUUAACUUUUUAUUUUUUGUUUAUGUCUGAAUGUUAUAAAAUACAUCUAUUUGCCGUGAUUAACUAUAUUCCCAGUGACUCACUUUGCGACAAGUCCGAGCUGAUUAGAAACCGAUAUCAGUUUGAUCAAUGGUUGCCUGGUUCCUACAGCAGAAAGCAACAUGACUCACAACUUUCUGAAAUGUCUGAAAUGUUCACAUUCAUACAGAGAGGGAAAAAAAUAUCCAGCCCUGCUCCCUCUGAUAAGUUUUCCUUUUCUGGAAACAGUACACUUAAUCACAAAUCUUCAUAUUCUGUUUUUUUUUCUUUUUUUUUGGUUUGUUUCAAGGCACAUCUGGACAUAAAUUGUGUUUGACCCUGCUGUUUGGAUCAGGUGUUUGCUGUGUUUUAGGGUGCUUGAUGACAGCUGACGUUUAGGGCACAUCUUCUGUCUUACAUGCUGUAAAUAAAAAAAAGAAAACACCGAGUAUCUUUACAAUUA